GCCGAGAGCGGUUCGACUAGAUAAACAAGAAAAGACGCAUUUUCACAACAGCAACAUAGGGAAAGGACGGCAAUUCAACAAACGAAUCAAAAGGAAUACCACUGAUUUGCAAUUGCAGCCAACUGGUGGAUGUUUUUGAUUGUUGAACAAGCAAUUCUACUGAAUAUUUUCUCUGCAAAAGCGGGAGUUAUAUAACAAGAAGACAACGUCAGUCCAUUGCCUAUUCGCUGGCCCGCGUGAGUCAUUGAUAAAUACAUGACCAUUAUUCACGCAGUUGCAUGAAUGAGAGCUUGUGUUGGAAAUUUGCAGUAGGAAAUCUUAAUCAUAUAUUUUUGGUCGAACCGAUUAGGACGCAGGAACAUCUACCUGAUAUUCCUUGAGAAAUUAUUUGAGAAUAUAUGUUUUGAACAUUUGCGCAAUAUAUUUUUCUCAAUGAUACAGUAAUCAUUGUGUCGUUCACAGCCUCCUGCUGAAGUCGACGCGGACCGAGUUAACACUUUUCCUGUAGCCAAGUGUCCAGCUUUUUUUGCUAAAUGCUUGACAAGCUCAAGCCCGUGCAGUUCGAUUCGGUAAUGGCGAUCAGCAUGACCGUGGAGUGGCUCCGGGACCAACUGGAGACGCGCAAAGACUGCCUCUUGGUCAUGGACUGCCGAGCGCAAGAGCUUUACGACUCCUUGCACGUCGAGACUGCGAUAAAUGUGGCGAUACCGAGUCUCAUGCUCCGUAGACUGAAGAAGGGCAAUCUCCCCAUGAAAUCUCUUCUUUCAAACGGCGAGGACCGAGAGAAAUUUGCACGGAGAUGCAAGACUGAUACCAUUGUUCUGUACGACGAAUACAGCAGGGAAUGGAACGAAAACGUCGACGGGGGUUCGGUUCUGGGUUUACUGCUGAGGAGAAUGAAAGACGAGGGAUACAAGGCAUAUUAUCUUGAAGGUGGUUUCAGCAAAUUCCAAACUGAGUUUCCUGCCUUGUGUGAGACCAAUCUGGACGGCAGCUCCCACAGCAGUUCUCCCACUGCCCAGGUGCUAGGUCUCGGGGGCCUGCGGAUAAGCUCCGACUCCUCAGACAUCGAGUCCGAUAUCGACCGAGACCCAAGCAGCGCAACUGACUCGGACGGCAGCCCUCUCUCCAACCCCCAACCCUCGUUUCCUGUUGAAAUCCUCCCGCACCUAUAUCUAGGCUGUGCCAAGGACUCGACAAACUUGGACAUUCUGGAGCAGUACGGCAUCAAGUACAUCUUGAAUGUGACCCCCAACCUCCCCAACUUGUUCGAGAAUGCAGGGGAAUUCAAGUACAAGCAGAUCCCCAUCUCAGACCACUGGAGCCAGAACCUUUCCCAGUUCUUCCCAGAGGCCAUCAACUUCAUAGACGAGGCACGUGGACAGAAAUGUGGCAUCCUGGUCCACUGCCUGGCAGGCAUCAGUCGCUCCGUCACCGUCACAGUGGCCUACCUCAUGCAGAAGCUGAACCUCUCCAUGAACGAUGCCUAUGACAUUGUCAAAAUGAAGAAGUCCAAUAUCUCGCCCAAUUUUAACUUCAUGGGCCAGCUCCUAGACUUCGAGCGCACCCUGGGACUCAAGAGCCCCUGCGACAACCGGGUGGCCACCCCGUCCCAACCCCUGUACUUCACCACCCCAACCAAUCACAACGUCUUCCAGCUGGACCCUCUGGAGUCCACGUGAGAACGCGCCAAGGCCAUCCCCCUACCGGCACUGCAAAGUUCCUCUUUUUUUGCCACCUGUUGCGACAGGGAUUGUGACAUUGUUGACACAGUUGGCUUGAGGUGACGGCUGCCAAGUGUGGCUGCUGAAGGUCCAUGUGGUCUGCCCAGAGCUCCGUGCUGCUCCUGCAACACCAGGACAGAACCAGAGGACGAGGGAAGAGAGACAUGACAAAGUGAAAGCAUAGACACUUUCUAUAACCCUAUAUUGCUAACUGAGCUUUCUUCCCACUAUGUUUUUGUCAGCAAGUAAGUGAAUCGAUGGACAAUUGUGCAUUAAACUCCACGUCAAAAGGCUGGUGUGCCAAAGA